AUGGACGGGAUGAUCGAGUUGAUCGUGAAAAGAAUGCGCACCGACGAUCUGCUGGUGGUGCUCGGUGACCACGGGAUGACAUCGAGUGGCGACCACGGUGGCGAUACAACCCCCGAAGUGACUGCCGGGCUUCUGAUCCAUUCGCCAUCACUGAAAUUUACCCCCCUGACGGCGGUGCCCCGCCAGAUCGACCUCGUACCAUCGUUGGCUCUACUCCUCGGCGUCCCGAUUCCAUUCUCCAACCUCGGCAUCGUCAUCCCGCAGCUUUUCCCGAAACGCCAGGAUCUCAGCCAGGCCGUCCAGCUCAAUUAUGAGCAAGUCAUCCGUGAUGAGCCGAACUCGUUCUCACAGCUCGUCAUCCGAUCUGGCGUCCUCUUAUUGCAGAUGGGGCUUUAUAAUGGAGGAUCAGACAGCAUCUCCGUUCCGCCGCUACUGGCCACUCUCGUCAUUCUCACCCUAUUCCACCUGGGAAAAAUGGCGCUCUGCCAAGCCCUCGUCAGCCUCGCCUUCCUUUCCGUCUAUUUUCAUUGGGGCCUCGACUUGGUCAGCCAUGAUAGUGAUAAUAUAAAGCUUGCGCUGCUGAGCACCGCUUGGCUCGUCUACGCUAUCGCUGCCUUGGUUCUCGUGCUCAAUUUUAGGCCCAACUCGGAGCAAAGCUGUGCACAGCAACGUUGGAAUAUAUUCCAUGGUCUCUUGCCGAUCCUAUACCUACUGCUCGGCGAGGAGAUGGCCAUUGGCUUGACAAUCUUUAUCAUGAUCUCGCUACGAAUCCAUAGUGUGGUAAAUGCAGAAUUUAAAACUGGUGCCGAAACGACAUUGCUGGGGCUCGGUUUCUACUUUCUGGGCCACUCGCCGACCCUGACUGCAAUCCCAUGGACUGCCGCCUUUAUCGGACCUUGCUCGUGCUCACCAACCUUUUCGCCUCAACCGUCGUAUUUUGCGGCACGAUGUUAUUACAGCCUUCUCUCGACCUCGUCCCGC